UUGAGCUGUAGGGGGGGAGGGGGGAGAGAAGGUCAGGGCUGUGAAGGGAGAAGGAAGGAUCGAUUGAUUCCGAGAGAUUGUGAUGAUGGUGCCGAUUGAGCGUGCCAUUCCUCUGCAGCAGUCAGUGCGGUGUCCGAACGCAUCUUCUUCCCGCUGCUGCAUCUACAUCUUUUCUCAUUUCAUGUCUCUUCUUUUGCUUGUUUCUUCGAAGGCAGAUUCCUUGUCAUCCUUUUCGUUCUGUCUCUUGUAGUAGUCCCUCGUGAACUGUGUCCUUGGCUUCACUUCGGGGAGACAGAGGUAUUCGUGCCUGGGAUAUGGUUCUUUUGAUCGCCAUUUCGUGAUUCGUAGUGCCGGUGAGUUUUUGGCAAGUUUAGGAGGUGUUCUGAAGUAGCUUCUGGUUAGAGUGAUUGCGACGAGUCGAUAGUCUGGUUCUAUCAGGCGAGUCGAGGUAGAGAGAUUGUAGUUUGCCUUAAAGAAGAGGAUAGACACAAACUCAGUAACAUCGAUUUCCGUACGCCACGUUGAAAUUUUGGCUCCGAGUGUUUGUGGAGAUUUGGAAUUAUUGGAUUUAGAGGGGGAGAGUGUGAGAGGAAACUGCAUAUUCACACUGUGCUGUUGCGGUGUUUGAAAGUUCGAAUCGCUCUCCUCUGCUGAAUCGAGAGGGUUUCCUCACAGUAUUUGCGAACGAUUCUUGUGUUGUACGAAAUUAGUGAGUGUCUCUUAGGAUUCGUUUCUUUCCCCUGCCCAUAUUUGAUUCCGGAAGUGCUAGUGUUUGGUUACCUGCUCUGUUGUUUAUCACUCUGUUCUUAGCAGCUAUUCGUAGCUCUUUUUGUCCAAGCUCGUUUUCUGGCAUCAGUCAAGAACAGUACUGUUCCGCAGGUUACACUGCGUGAUUUGGUCGCCUGAUGUGUUGCCACAUUACUGCGCAGAUGCGUGGUUGCUGUUAACAUUUUCUGAUAUGUUAAGGGUAUAUCAUUGCUCUCUCGGUUCAUUGCAAGCUUAUGCAAUUAGUUCGCUCCCACUGAACUGCUGUUGCUUCUCGGUGAGAACAGUUAGUAUCCUGUGGUGUUCUUAUAAGAACUCGACAGUCAACAGCAUACGCGUGCAUCCUACUCCUGGAGAGUUGCACGCUUGAAAUUUGACCUUUACAGCUUUUACGAUGAAAGUUCCAGUAUUACUUCGCCCUCUUCUUGAGUGGAAAUUUUCUUCACCCUAAGGAGUGCUACCUCAGUCGUUAGAUUCGCAGCUUUGAGCGAUUCGGGGUAUGUUGGUGCAAGAUGGGGAAGAACAUGGAGUCGAUCGAGGAUGUGCUAUCAGAGAUGACGAAAUUAAAAUCAAAAUUGCCACCACGCCCUACCCCGGACGAGCUGAAAUAUGCUACGCAGACCAUCGAUAGAGUAGAAUCUACUUUGACUUCCCGGCUGGAGGAUCUUUUUCACCAGACGUCGCCUACGGGAGUUCCUUACCAUGUCUUUCGCGCUUACUUAGAGAUGCGAGAGGAGAUCAUACGUGCUAAGGCCGACGAAGAGAAGCGCAUGGCAGUGUCCAUUAUAGAGUUAGAGGAACGGCAUCAGAAAUACGAUGCCCUUAUUGCGAAAGUACAAAAUGCUGUAAUACAUCCUUUACAUAACAAUGCAGUGCACGAAGGUUCCGCUUAUGAUUACAAGCAGCCUGUGUUAUCAGCAACGGACUCUUCAAAGCAUUCAAGUCUGCCUUCUCUUUCCGAAGACAACAGUUAUUCGGGGCCACUGUCCAGGAAUUUGUCUGCUGGAAACUCGGGGGAGCGCUCAUUCAAAAAGUCGACAAUCAACAGUUCUCGAAUAUCUACUCCUGUAGCACCUUAUCCAGGUUCACAGCCAGACCAGGACAAUGGCGAGGACGGGGCUAAGCAUUAUUCUCCGAAAGUGUUAUCCGCCAUCAACAACGCUAAAAUCCAUAGUUUGAAAGAAUUGAAGCUCAAUGACAUGGGAGUUGAGUGGAUUCCCGAAUUAAUAGGGAACCUGACGCACUUAACCUCACUUGACCUAUCAGGAAAUCGUUUGACAGCAUUGCCCGAGUCCAUUGGCGAGUUGAGCAACCUGCAAUAUUUGAAUGUCUCAAAAAAUGCGUUGAAGACAUUGCCAGAAACCAUCGGAUGCCUCACAAGUUUGAGACAUCUGGAUAUACAAAUGAAUAAAAUUGAGGAACUGCCAAUGACAAUUGGCCUCUGUACACAACUCGUGGAACUACUAUGUGAUUUCAAUGAGCUAAAGGUGCUGCCUGAAGCAACAGGCAACCUGGUCUCUCUUCAGAAGUUAAGGCUCUACAUGAAUCAUGUCCACCGUUUGCCGACGACACUCAGAUCACUUACGAAUUUGGUGGAGUUGGAUGUGAAAUUCAAUCGAUUGGAGAGGGUCCCUGAAAGUGUUUGUUACCUUCCGAAUUUGAUAAAACUAGAUGUCUCAUCUAAUUUCGUCGAACUGAAGGAGCUUCCUGGAGCUAUUGGUCAAAUGCAGAGUUUACGGGAACUGAAUAUUAGCAAUAAUCAUAUUUCAUUGUUACCACCAUCUUUUGCCAUGCUUACUGGCCUUGAGAAGCUUGAAAUGGAUCAGAAUCCAUGGGUGAUUCCGCCCUUGGAUGUCGUUCAGAGAGGAAAGGAGGUCCUGAACUGCAGGCCGUGUUUCAGUUUAUGGCUGAUUUGGUAUCGCAAGAAGCUAAGGAUGAGAAGGAGACUAUUAAGAAGACGGGUUUUGGACGACUGUCGUCGGUUUUCAGGAAGAAAAAGACCCAAGGCUCGCCUUACAAGGUCAAGAAGAAAAACGAUCUCCUAAUCAGAGCUUGAAAACUUAUUAGGUGUAAAAUUUCAUCUCAUUUCAGGCCCAGAAAAUCACUCAUGUGCAAUACACGAUAUCAUCCAUGCUUGUUUUCCGCAAUGAGAACAGUAAAGCCUUUCACAUUGUUUGUUUCCAGUGUACGCUGCUUGUUCAUUGCGGAACCACAGUUGUGUAAACUUCAUCGUGAGCCUCGACGCCUAGCCAUUGGUAUAUAUUUGUAGGUUGUGUGUCUUGCAGUUGUAAAGAGUUCAUUCUUGUCGUUGCCCUACUUUCUCAAGGUAAAAAGGGCGCGGUUCAAUCUAUAUGUAGUUAUAGUCAAAUGCGGCUUUUUCUUCAAGUGGCCGACCAAAUUUUGUUGGCGAGCACUGAGAUAAUAUACCUUCUAACCAUUUCUGAUUUAUGAAGUUUCUCAUCGUAGUCUCUAGAUUUAUCAACACGUUGACUGCAACAUCAGCAGAACUUAAACGUU